ACCACACCGGAAGUGAAAGCGGGGAAUAGAGAAGCUGAAGCGUCAAAACAUAAACAGAAAGCGCUGGAGCUUGUGUGGGACUCGUCUGUCUCACGGUGAAACCUUCAGCCCUCAUGUCGUGUGUCCCCCGGGACACUUACCCCAGCAGAGGCCCCUAGCUGAGCCGCCGGGCGCUGAGCUGGACACACAAACACCUGCGGGAAAGAUUCAAGGGACGAACAACUCACAAGUGCGCCUCGUCGGGCCUUCGAGCAGAGGUGCUGCCCCGGGUCGACUCAGGACCAAGGGGACAGGAUGGCCGAGGCUGACGGCAAAUCCACUGCGCUGAACGUAGGUUCCUCUGAGGAAAAGGAGCCCGGAGAAGAUCAACACACGGAGGGAGAUGCCUCUGGAAGCAAUGAAGGACAAACACAGGCUUCUUCUCAAGAUGCUCCCAAGGAAACAGGCGAGGUGUCUGGAGACAAGCCAAUGGCAGCUGUGGAAGCAGAGACAGGCACAAAUGGCGAGGAGGAAGAGGAAGACACAGACAGCAUGGAUGGCAGCGGCCUCUACUCCCUGACAGAGGAUGGUGAAAGAGAGAGUGAGGGAGGCAGACAUGAGAGGGCAAAGGACAAAGAUGGUCGUAAAAGGGCAGCAAGAAAGAGGAAUAGACCCGGCGGUGGCAACAACCACUCCUCCAGCUCGGAUGAGGAUGACGACGACGAUGAAGAAGAACAUAAGGAUGAUGACGAGGAGGACGAGGAGGAUGAUGAUGAUGAUGAUGAGGCCAUGGAAUCGUGGUUGGGAGCAGAGCUCUGUGAACUCCGUGGGCCUAUUUGGCGGUCUGUGCCCUCACUGCUCUCCAGGGAGAUCGGCAGGGACUCGCACCAGUUUGUGCGGCGUGUGUGUGCAGCCCGAGGCCUCGUGCAGCGGCUGGAGCUGCAGGGCCGCCUGGAGAAGCACACAGGCUGCGUCAACACGUUGCACUUCAACCCCUCUGGAACUCGCCUGGCAUCAGGCAGCGAUGAUCUGCGAGUUGUGAUCUGGAACUGGGCCAUCCGCCACGCUGAACUGGAGUUUGACAGUGGUCACAAGAGCAACGUCUUUCAGGCCAAGUUCCUGCCUCACAGCGGAGACUCCACGUUGGCCAUGUGUGCUCGAGACGGUCAGAUCCGAGUGGCGGAGCUGUCUGCCACGCAGCGCUGCAAGAACACCAAGCGGGUGGCCCAGCACAAAGGGGCAGCACACAAGCUGGCCCUCGAGCCAGAUUCGCCCUGCUCUUUCCUGUCUGCCGGAGAGGACGCUGUGGUGUUUGGAAUUGACCUGCGUCUCGACCGACCUGCCAAUAAACUGGCGGUUGUAAAGGAGGGUGAUAAAAAAGUUGGGCUGUACACCAUCUACGUCAACCCAGCAAAGACACAACAAUUUGCUGUGGGCGGGAGGGAUCAGUACGUCAGGAUAUAUGACCAGAGGAAGAUUAAUGAGAACGAUAACAAUGGCGUACUGAAAAAGUUUUGUCCCUCACAUUUGGUUUCCAGCGAGUCCAAAACCAACAUAACCUGCCUUGUGUACAGUCACGAUGGCACAGAGCUCCUGGUCAGUUACAACGAUGAGGACAUCUACCUGUUUGACGCCAACCACAGCGACGGGGCCGACUACAUCAGGAAAUACAAGGGACACCGCAACAACGCCACAGUGAAGGGGGUGAACUUCUACGGGCCGAGCAGCGAGUUCGUGGUCAGUGGCAGCGACUGUGGACACAUCUACCUGUGGGACAAGAACUCUGCACGAAUCGUCCAGUUCAUGGAGGGAGACCGAGGAGGCGUGGUGAACUGUUUGGAGCCUCAUCCCCAUUUGCCUGGUAUGGCCACCAGUGGGUUAGACCACGACAUCAAACUGUGGGCCCCCACUGCCGAAAGUCCCACAGGACUCAAGGGUCUAAAGGAGGUGAUGAAGAAGAACAAGCGGGAGCGCGAUGAAGACAGCGUGCGCCACGGCGACCAGUAUGACACCCAGCUGCUGUGGUUCCUCAUGAGACACAUGAGGAACAGACGGCCCACGAGGACUCGUCGUGAGGGCGCAGACCCAGACUCAGACGAGUCCUGGAGCUCUCCAGAUUCUUCUGAUGAAGAGGAGGGAGGUCCAGACCAUGUCCAGUGCAUGUCCUCCUGAGCCACACGCACACACACAUACAGACGAACACACACACACACACACAUACAGACACACACACACACACACACAUACAGACACACACACACAUAAUCUUUAUUGCCCUCGAAUUGAUGCACAAGGGCAAGCACUAUUGACACACUGGCACACUCAAACACUGACGAGCCACAGAGCCACAGACUUUGGGUGUUUUUGUUUUACACACUCUCACACAGACAAACAUUUACAUUUACCUAAAUAUGCCGUUGAAGCAGUGACAGAUGUGUUGACGCCUGGUUUCCCAGCAGUGCAGAGUGUGCACCCAGCGACCUGGGUCUGCAUGCACACCUCCCGAAUCCCAAUUAUUGAGAAUUGUAAAAGGUUUAGGGAUUUCUCAAGUCCCUAUAAACCACUCGGAGGCCCCGGCUUGUCCAUACAUCAUCAAUCUGCUCCUGUCAGCCCCAGAUCUAUGUCCCCGUGCGUGUUUGGCAACGAGCGCCUCGGACUUCACGCACCUGCUAGUAAGCCACACAUCACCAGCACACAAUCCCUCCUCUCUUAGGCCUUUUCUCUGCUUUCAGUGUAGACGAUGAAGAGGGAUUCUGCAGAGAGGAAGAGUGUAGGCUCGCACCCUGAAACCAUCCCCGAAAUGUGACUUCCUUUAACGUUUGAACUUUGAGAGAGGGAACCCCCCCCCCCCCCCCCCCCCCCGGUGGCCCUCACUGCAGCACCCCAGACUCAAACUGGUUUCUGGCCUGGAGCUUGGAGCAGUUAAUCACAUAUGUCCCACGUUUGCUCCCAGAGGACGACUUAAUCUGGACAUGCUGCGUCCCCCUACAUGCCGCCCUCAGCCGCUCCCUCCCCUCCUCACCCCGUUGUCCCUCAGUCCCCCCCCCACUACUGACUGCACUACGAAUCAGGGAGGCUCUAGUUUAAGACGUCGACAAAUCAUGCACUGAGGGUUUAAUUUUGUUUUGGAGAGGGUGGGGACUGUUGCCUUGUAUCUCAUUUGAAAAUUUACAGUAGAGUUUAUUUCUUUUUAGUUUAUUUUUGAGGGGGUAUUUUUGCACUUUGGCAUUUCUCGACUGAGGAAGAGGAGGUUUCCUUUUUGCUUCCACCAGCCUCUCCUCCUCCUCCUCCUGCACUUCUUCCCACUCACUCUCCAUCCCGACCCCCGUGUUUGACCGCAAAUCUUAAGUUCCACUAUCUCGCUGAGCAUGACAACGUAGAGAAGUAGCCGGCGUUCAGCAUGUGCAUAGGAAAACAAGGACUGGGCUUGGGCCGACCAGGAUCAAUCGCGAUUGAAACACUGCCUACGAGCCAGUUGAGACUGGAGUGAAAAUGCCAAACGUCUCCGAUCAGUUGCAGAGUGAUAUUUUUUCCAGAGAAAUUUGCGAGUGGAAACUUCAAUCAGUGCCGUUAUGACCAUCGGCUCGAAGACGGGGGGGGGCAGGGGUCGGCAGGGUCGAAACGCUUGCCAGUCAUUUGUUGUGUGAGAGCGAUAAAGUCCAGCUUUUCUCAUUUUCUAUGAGAACUCUAGCUAGUCGAAUUUAUAUGUACAUAUAUAAAUAUAUAUUAAAACUGUAAAGAAAAAAAAAUACUUAAGCAAAUGCUGUUUGACUUCAAAGAAGAAACAAAGUUGAAUCAUUUGAUUGGUAUUGAUGCAGAGGUUUAUAUUCUUUAUGAGGACAAAGUACUUUUAAAUUCCAGAGAAAACAAAAAGACUUGAGGCACCGUGUUUUCCCUAAACGAAUCCUCGUCUGUUGAACAGAGUCGGUCAUUUCUAGUAUCCCUCACCAAGAAAAAACUGUAUUUUCCUUUCUAUAGCAUAAUCCAUCAUUUGAGACCGUUCCAUCCAGAAUUUCCCCACAGGCUAUUUUUGGCAUCUUGUAUACAUCAUGAGGCUUUUGAUGGACAUUUUCUUCCACCACUGCCUAAUAUUGCAUUCAACCAGUUCAGUUGGAAAUAUGUACGAUUCGUGCAAUAAACAAAAAGACAGUGCUCUUGAUGUCGCA